GGCUCCAGUCGACCGUGAUAUUCCACUUAUCUACCCACGUGUAACCGCUGUUGUGAAUUGUUGCUUUUUUAAAUCUGUCUCGUUAGCUAUUUCAAUUCCUGUGUUGUGUAGUCCCUGUCCCCCGCAAAAAGUACCAAGUAUUUCACCAUAUCUCGACAUCCCACCUCUAGUCCUUAGUAUUCAUCGAUAUCUCGACACGUGUGGCCAAGUUAUCACGACCUAAGUCAGUGUGUUUGAUAAGUCCUUGAGGCUUAGCACCAUCUCCAUCCAACAACACUUCCAAUAUUUGCAUGAUGCCGGGCGAUAUCCCCUCGGAUAUGGAGGAUAACAACUUGCUCCGCGCAGGAACCAGAACCUCAAAGAAGAGCACACGUCGACUAUCCAGUCAGAGUGCCACUCGAGCGGAUCUCUUCGGGGGACCAACCGUUGUUGCACCUCCCCAGCACCUGGAGAACCGCAGCAAUGCCCACGAAACAGCUCAUGCCAUGGAGUUGGCCAAACACCAUUUGGCUGAUGACCCUUCAGAUGCUACUCCAGAUGAUUCAGGCCCUGUCACCCCUGAUGCUUCUGGACUCAGCACCACCGACAAAUAUGCUUUUGCCUUUGAUAUCGAUGGCGUUUUGAUCAGAGGAGGAGAAGUUAUCCCUGAAGCCGUGGAAGCAAUGAAAGUCCUAAACGGGCAGAAUGAAUACGGCAUUAAAGUACCUUAUAUCUUUGUCACCAAUGGAGGCGGCAAGACAGAAGAAGAACGAUGCAUUCAACUGUCCAAUCAGUUGCAGAUGGAAGUAUCUCCAGGUCAAUUCAUCUGUGGUCACACUCCUAUGAGAGAACUGGCACAGAAGUACCACACCGUUCUUGUUGUUGGUGGUGAGGGUGAAAAGUGUCGAGAAGUUGCUCUCGGUUAUGGUUUCAAGGACGUGAUCACACCUGGAGACAUCAUCAAAGACAACAAGGACACCACCCCCUUUCGAAAACUUACCGAGGAAGAGUUGAAGAAUUCUAAAAAACGCAACUACGGCUUGGUAGACAUUGAGGCCGUCUUCGUGUUUGCUGAUAGCCGAGACUGGGCUGGCGACUCACAGAUCAUUCUCGACCUGUGCAUGAGCAAGAACGGACGGCUAGGCACACGAUCCGAAACCUUCGACGAAGGCCCCCCCGUUUUCUUCUCCCACAACGACGUCGUAUGGGCAACAUCCCACAGCUACUCACGAAUUGGCAUGGGGGCUCUACGAGCAUCUCUCGAGGCCAUGUUCAAAGCCAUCACCGGCAAAGACAUGAAGACCAUUGCCUUUGGCAAGCCUCAACUCGGCACAUUCAACUUCGCCACCCGCCUUCUGCAGCAAUGGCGUAAAGACACACACGGCAUCGACAAACCUUUGGAUACCGUCUACUUUGUCGGGGACACACCGGAGUCCGACAUUCGAGGCACCAAUGAGUUUGACGAGUCUGGAGGGGCCGAUACCAACUGGUAUUCAAUCCUUGUUCGGACAGGCGUGUUCCGAGAAGGCACACAGCCAGCUUAUACGCCAAAGAUGACGGUCGACACUGUGUUGGAGGCUGUCAAGCAUGGAAUGCAACGUGAAUUCGACAAGGCUUUGAAGAAUCUCACUGUUGGAGACGUGGUCCCGCAAAUUACCUCGGCCAUUGUCGAGGACGAUACGGAACGCUAAAGGUGGCCCGUAUUUAUUUAUACGAAGGUACUUAUUUUGUUUUGAUGAAUCAUGACCAGCAUUGUUGGAAAACUGGCGUUGUCCAGAGAAUGGAUUUUCACGCUUUGAUUGCCAUCAUUUUUGGGCAUAUCACAUGUUGAAAUCUUGUGACAAAGAAUAUAUAGAUUAGACUGACAAGGGAUGAAGUUUUCCCCUUGGAGGAACUACCACUUGGAGCGUGAUGGCGUUGAACCAGUACUUAUUGCCGAAACGAAGGAUCUGCUCAAGCCAGGGUACGAUUAGAGUGAUAGAUGGG